AUGCGUAUCCUGCCGGUGCUGUUAUCGGUCGUCUACCUGCUGACGACCAUCCAAGAUGGGUCUUCGAGCCGCGGCGACCAGGUGGAUGUCUCGCCGGGCUCCGGAGCCGCCGGUCGGAUUGAGUACACUGACGAGUCGCUGGAUGACGCCGCGGACGACGAAAUCGAUCCAAGUUUAUUUGUCAAUGACGAUCCGAAAAAAGAUAGCGAUUUUCAAUCAAGAUUCUCGAGUUAUGGAACUAAAUCGUCAAAAAUUAUAUUUCCGAAAACACAAGAAAAUGUUCAAGCAUGUACCGCGAACUUUACGCCUCUCGAAAACUCUAUUACAGUGUGCUCGAAAAUAACCAACAAUUGCCAGGUCACGUGCGUAGAAGGCUACAAAUUUUCCCGACCCAUUACUAAACUCAUGUUCGUAUGUGACGGUGCCAGAUAUAAAAUCAGAAAUUCAAUUUCCAACGCCACUCCUUUGUGCUUGCCUAUCUGCAAUCCGGUUUGUGAAAACGGCGGUACGUGUGAAAAGCCGAACAAGUGCAACUGCCCGAAAAACUACGAAGGACCGACCUGCCGCAACAUGGUCGCACGAAAAUUUUGUCACGGGUUUCCUAACACUCCCAUGAACUCGAAAAAGAAGUGCAACUCGGAAUCGUGCACGAUCAAUUGCGUCGAAGGAUACCAGUUCCCGGACUCGUCCAACGUGGCCAACGUGUUCUGUAGGAACGGCAUUUGGACGCCGGGAAAAGCCGAAUGGCUAACCGUUCCGGACUGCGUUCCCGUGUGCAACCCGCCUUGUUCAAACGGUGGUAACUGUAUCGGUUACCAGAAGUGUCAGUGUCCGAUCGACUUCAGGGGCCCCAGAUGUCAAUACCUGGAAAGUUCUUGUGAUGUAUCAAAAUUGAACUUCAACGGAAAUUAUAAAUGUUCCGAUGACUCGGAAAAAAACACAUGUACCCUAUCAUGUCCUCAAGGAUCCGUUUUAGAACCGUUUAAAAUAGCUGAAGUCGAUUACACUUGCUUGUUUGAAACCGGAGAGUAUGAACCAAAACAUAUACCUCAGUGUGUAUUUGAAGACAAACCUUCUAAUUUAAUAAACGUCAUCACCACAGUAGUUGAAGUUUAUAAUAUAUUUAAAAGCCGUCCUGAGAGUUGUAUUCGUUGGGGUUUUGGAAACUAUAAAACGUUCGACGGAAAGAUAUAUAGUUUCAAAAGUGAUUGCACUUAUACGCUAAUCAGUGACAUUAAGACAAAUUCUUUUCAUGUUCAAGCGCGUUUCGAUCGUGGAAUUAUCUCUAAUAUCAAUAUUUAUAUCGUUGAUAAUUUGUAUCAAAUAAAAAGAAACGUCGACGACAAUGCCGUAUCACUGAUAAAUAAUAACAAAGUACUUCCCGUGCCCAACGAGUUAGCCGAUAUCGGUGUUGAAAUCAUUAGCGGUCAAACAGUGCUUAUUAAUCUACGCACAGCAAACUUGAAAAUUAUCUGGAAAUCCAACGGUGUCUUGCGAAUAGAUGCUGGUGUAGAGUUAUGGAACUCGACUGAUGGUCUCUGCGGGAGAAUGGAUGGUUUGCCAGAAAAUGACUUGAUGCAUAGUAGUAUCACGAGUUUUGCCAACAAAUGGCUAGAGAGGGGACUCAACGAAAUAUGUGAAACACCUACCACAGACAUUAUAAACGUUUCCAAAGAGAUAACCGAAGAAGCUAUUAAAUUCUGCUCCGUUGUUAAAAGUGAUAGAUUCAAAGUUUGCAGAACAAAAGACCUUAAUACCCAAGCUUACAUCGAAGCAUGCAAAAUGGAUUAUAUCCAAUGUGUUACGGUUAAUGGAUCCGACUGUGGGUGUAAUAGUAUUGCUGCCUAUGCUGAAGAAUGUUUUGGAAAAGAAGAGAAGGCUUCGUGGAGAGAUUACAAUCUAUGUCCUUAUCAAUGUCCUGCUGGAAAAGUGUAUUCGCAGUGUUUGCCAGUCGUACAAGAAACGUGUACAAUUGCGGCCGAGUUAAAAUCCAAAAAUACAUACUGUGAAGAAGGUUGCGUUUGUCCGUUUGGAACGGUUUUGAACGAUGGUGUAUGUAUUGCAAAAGAAAAGUGUCCAUGUAAAAUGAGAAAUACAUAUUAUCAACCUGGGGAUGAAAUCACCAAAGACUGUAACAAAUGUACUUGCGUCGGAGGAGAAUGGAGCUGUACAGUUGCCAAAUGCCGAGCCGAAUGCUAUGCAAUCGGAGAUCCACAUUACAAAACAUUUGACGGCAUGAAAUUCAAUUUCAUGGGAUCCUGUUCGUAUUAUCUCGUGGUCUUACCUGAAUUUUCAAUCGAAUCGGAGAAUAUUCCAUGUGAUGGUACGUUGUCAUCCGAAUACGGGUUUGAAGUGCCAAGCUCACCGGGAAAAGCUACUUGCACUAAGACGGUCACAAUACGUUUUGGCAAUGGGACAAUUAUUAAAUUGGGACAAGGAAAAACCAUAUUAGUCAAUGGAGAAGUCGUUGAGAAAUUACCGAUCAAUGUAAACGGAGUAGCUUAUAUCCGAGAACAUUCUUCAUUUUUCUUACAAAUUGUAAUAACCAACGGAAUCGAAAUAUUGUGGGACGGAGAAACUCGUGUAUAUAUUUACGCUAGCCCAGAACUGGAAGGAAUAACUACGGGUUUAUGUGGGACGUAUAACCAUAAUCAGAAAGAUGAUAUGUUUACCCCAGAAGGAGACGUAGAGACAAACGUUGUUUCUUUUGCAAACAAAUGGAAGACAAAAGAAAGCUGUGCUAAUAAAAAAUUGGAAACUGUAAUAAAAACAUCUCAUCCUUGCGAUGUGAAUAUAGAAUAUAAACAUUUGGCUGAGAAUUAUUGUAGCAAUAUAACCGGGAAAUUGUUCUCGGAUUGCCACGCUCAAGUAGACCCAACUCCUUAUUAUGACGAUUGUCUCUAUGACGUUUGCUCCUGUCGUCCCGGUCAAUUUUCUCACUGUUAUUGUCAGAUUUUAGCGUCUUACGCUCUCGAGUGCACUCAUCAAAAUACGGUCGUGGACUGGAGAAAAGGAGUAAGAGAAUGUGGUGUACAGUGUCCGGCAAGUCAGCACUACGAAGUCUGUGGAAAUUCUUGCCAGAGGACGUGUUACGACAUUGCGACCAUAAACACUUGCAAAUCUAAUUGCGUCGAAGGUUGUUAUUGUCCCAAAGGAUUAACUUUGUCUGAGUCUGGUGAAUGCAUUCCUGUUUCCGAAUGCUCGUGUUACUAUAACGGUCAUAAGUAUAAGUCCGGUCAAAAAAGAGUUGAAACUACUGAUAAGGAACCACAGAUUUGCACUUGUAAAAGUGCGACCUGGGAAUGUCAUUCAACUGAAAAAACCGAAUUAGCACAGUGGAAAGAUGUGUCAGAAACUUCAUGCAACCGAAAAAAACAUUUAAUUUUUACAGAAUGCGAACCUUUUGAGCCCAUUACUUGUCGGAACAUGCAUGAUCCUCCUCAAUCAACACCUGCAGUAUGUUAUCCUGGAUGCGUAUGUAAGAAACCAUAUGUUCUCGAUUCCUUUACCAAAGAUUGUGUUUUGCCUUCUGAAUGCCCAUGUCACCAUGGUGGUAAAAGUUAUAACAACAACGAAACAUUCUAUCAAGGCUGCAAUACAUGUGAAUGCAAUUUGGGAAAAUGGGAGUGCACCAAUAACGAGUGUCCCGGAAUUUGUUCAGUAUGGGGAGAUUCACAUUUUCAAACAUUCGACUCGAGGUUCUUCGAUUUCCAAGGUGCCUGUGAAUAUGUUUUAUCCAAAGGCUCAUUUACAAGUUUUGAGUCAUUUGUAAUUUCAAUAGAAAUAGUACCCUGUGGUUCGACGGGGGCUACAUGCAUAAAAACUGUAACGUUGGUUGUUGGAAGCGGUGAUGAGAUUGAAUCGAUAGAGUUAAAAAACAAAUAUUAUCCACCUAGUACGAGCAGAAUAUUUGUCAAAGAAGUUGGUUAUAUUGUGAUAGUCGAUGUUCCUGAUUUGGAAAUACAAAUAUAUUGGGAUAAAGGUACUCGAGUUAAUUUACAAGUCGGUCAAAAAUGGAAAAAUCACAUUAAAGGUUUAUGUGGAAACUAUAAUGACAAUCAAAUGGACGAUUUUCAGACACCUUACGGAGGAAUACCUGAAGUAUCUGCGCUAUUGUUCGGAGAUUCUUGGAAACUCCAGCCUCAUUGCUCUCAACCAUCUGAGCUGCGGGACGCCUGUGCAAUACACCCACAACGUAGACAGUGGGCAUUACGUCAAUGUAGUAUACUUAAAUCAUCCGUGUUCAAGCCUUGUCACUCCCAAGUGUCUAUAGAUAAUUAUAUUGAACGAUGCAUAUUUGAUACUUGUGCUUGCGACCAAGGAGGUGAUUGCGAAUGUCUGUGUACAGCAAUAGCGGCAUACGCUCAAGAAUGUAGCAUCCAUGGUGUUCAUAUUAAGUGGCGAUCUCAAGACUUGUGUCCUAUUCAAUGUGAAAAUGGUACGUCAUACGAUUCUUGUAUACCACGUUGUUCCCAAAACUCAUGCGACGACUACACUUCACAAAAAAAAGAACUAUGCAAUGAUAAAAUUUGUAUUGAAGGGUGCGCAAAAGAUCAUUGUCCUUUUGGCCAAGUUUAUAUAAACUCUACAUCUCAAAUUUGUGUUCCGAAAAACAAAUGUAAAAUACCUUGCAAGAUCGAAGGAAUUGAUCACUUAUUCAAUGAUGGUGAUGUUGUGAUUGAAGAUAAUUGUCAUUCUUGUUUUUGCUCAAGAAAUAAAAAAGUAUGUAAAGGCCAACCUUGUACUACAACGACAACCACAACAACUACAACGAUAACUACAACUUCAACAACACUAAAACCUACUUCAACCUCAACGACAACCAGUAUACCAAUAUUGGACCAAAAUAAUAACAAAACUGUUGAACGAUCAUGUUCCGACGGUUGGAGUGCUUGGAUAAAUGUGAAUCGACUAAAUAAUAAGGGACUAAAGAAAUACGAAUAUAUGCCAACGUUUGAAGAUUUGAUAUCUGUAGAAUACAAUGGCGUGGAAAAAUUUAAUAACACGGUAUUAGGAAUUUGCGAACAUGAUCAAAUCGAUAAUAUUCAAUGUAGGCCAUUGAAGUCAACUAAAGGCGUGAAAAAUCACUCUGAAAAAUUCGACUGUGAUUUAAAUAAAGGUCUUGUAUGUAAUGAUAAAUGUAACGAUAUUGAGAUUCGAGUGCACUGCAAAUGUAACAAAGAUAUAAGUGACCAAGAAGAAAACCUUGGUCAAAUUACUGACGAGGAUCGAGUGAUUAAUAAAACACGAAUAGUUUGUGCGGAGGGAUUUAGAUGGCAAGGUUGCAAAGUUAUGUGCGACCAAGUAUGCCAUUCAUUUGAAAGCCAACUUAAAACCACAAGUAUGUGUGUGUACCCACAAAAAUGCAUUGGAGGUUGUGUUGAAGAAAAUCUACAAUCCACCACGUGUCCCCCUGGGUCAAUGUGGAGGGACAAUAAUACGUGCGUGACUAAGAGUGAUUGUACAUGUUUUUCGAGAAAUGGUACUCAAGUGAAGCCUGGUGGUGUUUUCAAAGAAGAUUGGUGUACUGUAUGCCAAUGUAUUAACAACGCUUAUGUUUGUGAUGAUUCUUCUUGUCAACAAAUAUCGUCCACGGAAUUCUUUAAAAUAUCGACUCCUCAACCACUGCCUUCAACCACUGAAUUUGAAGAACCUACUACGCAUUAUAAAGAGAUUAUCAAUGCAAUUUCAACGACCAGUUCACCAAAAUACACCACCAGUACACCAGAAGAGAUUAUAUCCACAGCUAAAAUGCAAUCAUCUACUGCAGAUUAUUUAAGUACUACGAAAUCUUCAAUUAUUUUUACAACUUCUUUACCAGAGGAAACAUCUACUGCUCAAAAUAUUGAAACCACCACCGAAGAAAUUAUUCUUGUGCCUUCCACAUUAUCUCCACCAAUCAUUUUUUGCGAUAGUCACCAAAUUAAACCGAUAACCGGAAGUUUAAAGAAAUCGUCUUUCAACGCUAGUUCUUGGUUAGACAAUUAUACCACACCGUAUUCAGCUCAGUUAUACUCGGAUGGAUUAAAUAGUAGCUGGAAACCAUCUUCGACAAAUUCAUACGAAUAUUUACAAAUAGAUUUGGGUUAUCCGGAAACAGUUUAUGGCGUAGAGCUAUCUGGUAAUCCUUUGACCGACGAGUAUGUAACGAGUUACAAAAUAUUAUACAGCUUGGAUGGUAUAAGUUUUAGUCAUGUUCUAUACCACGGACAACCUGAGAUUUUCCGUGGACCUUAUACUCAUGACAGAAUAGAGACACAAAUGUUUGUCACCCCUAUCGAAGCAAGAUAUGUACGAAUUUUACCUACAACAUGGAAUCAAUAUAUUGCAGUCAGAGUUGCUCUAUUAGGCUGUCCUGCUAUAACUACUACACUUGGCUAUGAAUUCUAUUCAACCAUAAAACCAACAGUUCAACCCAUCUGUAAUGAUAUAAUGGGAAUUGAAUCGGGUUUAAUAAAUAAUAACAUGGUUACGGUAUCAUCGUCAACGUUCGAAAAUUUCAAUGCUCUUAAUGUGUCCCUUAAUAGUGAAACUGCAUGGGUACCAUUUACAGCUUCAUCUAAUCAAUGGAUUCAAGUGGAUUUUACGGAGCCUAGAAUUAUAACCGGUGUUGUAACUAAAGGUAUAUCUUCGUCUAGCAAAACAGGCGAAGCAUGGAUUGAAGCAUUCAGAGUUAUGUAUAGCAGCGAUUUAAUAAACUGGAAUAAAAUAUUAGAUUCAAAUGGAGCCGAACAGGUAUAUUCAGCGAAUUUUGACGGCCAUAGUUCGCAUACGGUAUUUUUCGACACUCCAAUCCGAGCGAGAUACAUCAGAAUUCACCCGGAGAAAUGGUAUAAUAUGCCGGCAUUGAGGUUAGAAAUUCUCGGAUGCUUUGAAGCAUAUGUUACUGAAGAAAUGAUUGUUCAGACAACAAUAACGCCUCCUAUCCGCCAGAAAAAUUGUAGCGUUUGUCCCGGAAUCACAAACAUCGAAUGUGACUGCUCAUCUGACACUUGGUGGAACGGAGAAUCUUGCGGAUUGCGUUCCGAGUGUCCUUGUGUUCUUGGUAUUAUGACGUACCAAGUUGGUACCGUUUAUGAUCUAGAAAAUUGUCAACAAUGUACUUGCACUCUUGGAGGAUUGCCCGACUGCGUUCCAAAAAAUUGUGCUACGUGUCCCCCGGGAGAAGUUUCUAUCACAGUGGAAUCGAGCUGUAACUGCGAAUGCAAACCGUGUAAAAACGGCACAAAAUUAUGUCCAACUUCGAAUGUGUGUCUUGAUGAAUCUCUCUGGUGCAACGGCGUUCAAGAUUGCCCCGACGAUGAGAUGAACUGUUUAACAACGACAACGACAACAACUACAACUACUCCGGCUACAACUACUUCGACUACAACGGUCCCGACUACGACUGUGACAGAAGAAAUUACUACUUUUGUGCCGAUUUUACCACCGAAAAAAAGAGGACAAGGUCCGUGCCCUGAAAUUAAAUGCCCUGAGGGACAAAUAGCUCGGAUUUUGAAUUCGUCACCGGUGAAAUCGAAUUCGAUUAAAUUUGCUCGAAAAACUAGAAGUUUAGAAGUUAUCGACGAUGAUCCUUGGCCAUCACCUUUUAAUCCUAUGACAACUUUAGCAGCAUCGUUGAAAAGGAAUCACCACGAUCCACUUUUCAGUACCAAAGGAUCCGUUGUUCGUCGUAAGGGUGGUAUAAAUUUUGCUAUUAAAAGUGGAGGCGUGAAAAAUGAUAACCAACAGCCAAUAUGUAAACAAUGGAUUUGUGAAGCACAAGUGGAACAGUUCAAAUGUAAAACACCAUCAAUCACAUGCGACGAAGGAUAUUUCUUACAAAUCACGCCCAAUGAAAAUGACAUUUGUCCUGUAUAUACGUGCGUAUCAAACACAUUCGACGAAAGUGAAUGUGAAAUUGAUGGUAGAGUAUUCAAAACUUUUGACGGAGUAACGUUCAAGUACGAAGUGUGCGAUCAUAUUGUGGUCCGUGAUCGAGUGCAUAAAAAAUGGAUGAUAAAACAAAUUCGUCGUUGUCCAUACAUCGGAGCUUGUCAACUAUCAUUAUGGAUGGAACAUUUAAAUCAUACCAUAGAAUUUUUCCCAAACAUGACAACUACUUAUGAUGGAUAUUCAUAUACUGUAAAUCAGCUUCAAAUAAUUGGAAGUCAAACAACACAAUUUGCAGUAAAACAAGUUCAAACUGAUUACAUUAUAUUUGCCAGCACACUAGGUUUUAAUAUAAUUUGGCAAGUUAACGGACAUGUUAAGAUAAAGGUUAAUGCUUUUUACACCGGAAGGAUUGAUGGUCUUUGUGGAUUUUUCGAUAAUAAUCCCAAAAACGAUAAACUUAAACGUGAUGGACUUAUAUCGACAACUACAACUGAUUUUGGAAAUUCUUGGGCUGAUUCUGAUACACAGUGCGAAGCCAAAAUAUGUCCAAUACAUAUACAAAAAGCGGCUCUUGAAGCUUGCAACGUAUUUAGAUCAGAACCAUUAAAUCAGUGCGGACAGCAUGCAAAUAUUGAAGAGUUUGUAAUGAAAUGCGUGGAGAGUAUUUGUUCGUGUUCUGAAAAUUCUGUUAAUGAAUUUUUUGAUUGUCGAUGCAAAGCUAUUUCAGGAUUAGUUACCCAAUGCUACGUAACAAACUCGUCUGUUGAAAUUUCCGAUUGGCGUAUUUUACACGAUUGCCCUGUAAGUUGUCCUGCACCUUUGGUGUACAAAGAGUGUUUCAAUAAAGUAUGUGAGCCUAGUUGUGAUUCAUUACUUCAAAAUGACCCGUGUCCUAAAUUACCUGGAUUAUGUUUCCCGGGAUGUUAUUGUCCCGAUGGAUAUAUUAAAGAACUGGGUUCUUGUAUUAAACCAUCAAAAUGCAGAAAUUGUGUUUGUGAAGGAUCUGGUACUAAUCAUUAUUCAACAUUUGACAAGGUUGACUUUACCCAUAAGGAAAACUGCUCUCGUAUCUUAGUAAAAACUACUAAAGAAAACGAUUCGUUUAAGCCAGGAUUUAGUAUUGUUGAAACAACUGGCAAAUGUUCUAACCAACUGUUUACCAAUGGUUUUUGUGUUCAAAAUCUUACCAUUGUCCAUGCUGCUCAUGAAUUGCGUUUAUAUUAUAAUGAAGACGGAUCGAAGAUACGAGCCUCUGUCGACGGAAAUCAAGUCAAUAAUAUGCCGUUUACAAAUAAAUGGUUAUCGAUCACUGAGUCGCCCGGAAAAUCUGUUACCGCUAGUAUUCCGGUACUCGAACUGGAAAUAAUAUUCAUGACUAUGAAUCAAGGAUUCUCAAUAAAAAUGCCAUCGCAUUUAUAUUUCGACAAGACUGAAGGUUUGUGUGGUAGCUGUAACGGUGACUCUACGGACGAUAUGGCAACUCCAGACGGAAACAUUCCGAUUAACGUAGACGAAUUUGUGAAAAGUUGGAAAGCAAACGGAACUGAUUUUGAACAGUGUGAAACCAUUAUUGCGGUAAAAGAAAAAGAGGAGGCAUGCACUAUUCCGAAACCAGAUGUGGACCCUUGCCUCAAGCUUAUGGACCCUAAAAUAUUUGGUCAAUGUCACGCGAUUGUUGAUGUGAAUCUGUAUUUGAAAAAAUGUCACUCGAUCUUAUGUCAAGGCCACGAAGGAUCGUUUUGCCAUUCUUUAGAAGCGUACGUCCGCGAAUGUCAGUCGUUCGGCGUGUGCUUGGAUUGGAGAUCUCCAAAUCUCUGUCCAUAUUCUUGUCCAAAAGGACUAUUGUACAAAGCUUGUUCGUCUGGUUGCGAAGAGACCUGCGACAAUUAUAAAUCGCUGAGAUCCGGGGAUACAACCUGUAAGAACCUGCCAACCGAAAUGUGUACUUGUCCAACGGGGCAAGUGUUUAACAAUAGUAUAUGUGUAAACGAGAACCGUUGUGAGCCUUGUGACGAUGAAAACCAUUUUGUCGGCGAUACAUGGUUUACCGAUAAGUGCACUACUUGCACAUGUACCGCAGGCUCAAAAGCGGUACACUGUGAGAAGAAACAAUGCGUUCAGUCAACGUUUGCGAUUUGUCAAACAGGAUUUAAAUCGGUAAAAGAUGAGGACAAUUCGGACGAGUGUUGCGAACAGUACAAAUGCAUCCAAGAAGAGAAGAGAUCGCAGAACUGUACGGACAUCGCUAUGCCAAUGUGCGCGAUAGAUCAAGUCGUAAAAAUGGAGCUGACUUCGGACGGCUGCAAGAGAUUUAUUUGUGAAUGUAAACCGAGAGACCAAUGCAUCGCGAAGCUACCGGAUAAAGACGUGGAACUGUUACCUGGAAUGAUCAACGUGUUAAACAACCAGGGUUGCUGUCCUUCGUUCCAAGCUAUAUGUGCGCCGGAAACAUGUCCCGCGUCGAAACCGUGCCCUUUGUAUUACGAGAAGAUCGACGUGAACAGUCAGACCUGCUGUCCCCAAUUCAAGUGUGAAUUGCCGAACAACACGUGUGUGUUCGAGUACGAGUGGAUCGCUUCGACCGAGGGAGGUGAACGCAGGCGGACAGAGAAUGAGAAAACCACGGAUUUGAAACAAGUGAACGAUCGCUGGGAAGAUGGGCCGUGUCGUUCGUGUUACUGCGACGAGACGUCGACGCGUGGCACUUGCAUGAAAAUCGAGUGCGCCGCCCCGCCCGUGAGCUCCGACUACGUGAUCGUCGCUCGCACGAAAUACGGACAGUGUUGCCCGAGUUACAAGAAGGAGAGUUGCAUUUUCAACAGUACGGUCUACGCAAUUGGCAGCGAGUGGUCUUCGUUCGACCCUUGCAUAGCCAUGAGCUGUAAACCCGACAGCAACGGCGAAGCGUUCUUGACCGAGUCGGUGAAGAGUUGCAACACUGAGUGUCCACUGGGAUGGACUUACGUGCCGUCCACGACCGGUUGUUGCGGAACGUGCGUGCAAAAAUACUGCGUGAUGCAAAACAAAGUUUACGCGGACAACGACACGUGGACUUACGACAACUGCACAUCGUUCAUUUGCACAAAAUCUGAGUUCAACGAGUUCAACAUUUUGCCGGUGUAUCACACGUGCCCAAACAUUGGUGAUUGCCCGGAAAACCGGAUCUAUUACGACGGGUGUUGUGAACAGUGUAACAACACAGGGAUCGGGUUGGAGAAAGAAUCCCUUAGUCUAUGCGCUCCCGAGAGUUUACCUUCCAACCAGACCGUUGGACUGGUAAUAGAAGAAAGUCCGUUCCACGACACGUGCACGAACGCUGAGGCCAUUGUUGGGUUCACGGAAUGUCGAGGCCUUUGCGACUCGUAUACGUACUUCAAUAAAAAAACGAUAAAACACGAUUCGAAAUGUGAAUGUUGCCAGCCGAUCCGUUUUGAUAAGCUUUCCGUGAACUUACAGUGCAAAGACGGCUAUGAGUAUAAAAAGACCAUUUCGGUUCCGUCGGCUUGCUCGUGUACGGCGUGUGGUGGCGAAAGCUUUUCCAUAAAAAAAUCUAGAAAGCUUUAGACACGUUGUUGAAGAGCCGGAGAAGUGCGGUUUAAAUUAUAUUUAAUAUAAUAAUAUUUAUUAUUACAUAUAUAUAAAUAUAUACUGUGGUAAAAAAUGUACUUAUUUUUACU